AUGGACAUGGACAAACGGAUUCAUUUAGAGCUGCGGAACAGGACGCCCUCUGAUGUGAAAGAGCUUGUCCUGGACAAUUGUCGGUCGAAUGAAGGCAAAAUCGAAGGCCUCACAGAUGAAUUUGAGGAACUGGAGUUCUUAAGUACAAUCAAUGUAGGCCUCACCUCAGUCGCAAACUUACCAAAGUUAAACAAACUUAAGAAGCUUGAACUAAGCGAUAACAGAAUCUCAGGGGGCCUGGAAGUAUUGGCAGAAAAGUGUCCGAACCUCACGCAUCUAAAUUUAAGUGGCAACAAAAUUAAAGACCUCAGCACAAUAGAGCCACUGAAAAAAUUAGAAAACCUCAAGAGCUUAGACCUUUUCAAUUGUGAGGUAACCAACCUGAACGACUACAGAGAAAACGUGUUCAAGCUCCUCCCGCAACUCACAUAUCUCGAUGGCUACGACCGGGACGACAAGGAGGCCCCUGACUCAGAUGCCGAGGGCUACGUGGAGGGCCUGGAUGACGACGAGGAGGAUGAGGAUGAGGAAGAAUAUGAUGAAGAGGAUGAGGAGGAGGAGGAGGAAGGUGAAGAGGAGGAUGUGAGCGGCGAGGAAGAGGAGGAUGAAGAAGGUUAUAAUGACGGAGAAGUAGAUGAUGAAGAAGAUGAAGAAGAUCUUGGUGAAGAAGAAAGGGGUCAAAAGCGAAAACGAGAACCUGAAGAUGAGGGAGAAGAUGACGACUAA